ACUCGCAUCAUUACCUGGGCUUCUCUGGGCUUGUCGCUUCACUUGAGCAGGACUUGGUUCAGUUAUUCGGCUUGAUAUGUGCACAGUCUGCGGACUUCUCUUCUGCCAAUGAAACGCAGCGAGAUUCUCUUAAACUUCGGGAAUAUCGAUUGUGGAUAUUUCGCACACUGCGGAGAAACACUUUGAAGUGAGUGGGGAGUGCCAUGAACCUGAGCAGUGCAGUACCCUCAGUCGGCCUACAGGGCGGCGCUCGUCAGCAGGACUACAUCAUGGAGCACAAAGUCAGUAAACUCAGCUUCGGCUUCCAACGCAGCUCCACAUCUGACGACGACUCUGGUUGUGCUCUGGAGGAGUAUGCAUGGGUCCCACCUGGACUCAGGCCUGAGCAGGUUCAGAUCUUUUUCUCCUGUCUUCCUGAAGAGAAGGUUCCUUAUGUGAACAGUCCUGGUGAAAAAUUCCGAAUCAAGCAGCUCCUAUAUCAGCUGCCACCGCACGAUAAUGAGGUGCGUUACUGUCAGUCUCUCAGCGAAGAGGAGAAAAAAGAACUGCAGAUGUUCAGUGUCCAGAGGAAAAAGGAAGCACUUGGGAGGGGAACAGUGAAAACUUUGCCUCGUAAUCUCCUCAACAGUGUUUGUGAGCAUUGUGGUGAAAGCAUCAAUGGUGGAGAAGUGGCAGUGUCUGCGUCUAGAGUGGGCCCUGGGGUGUUCUGGCACCCAGCCUGCUUUGCCUGUUCCACCUGCAACGAGCUUCUGGUGGAUUUAAUCUACUUCUACCACGAGGGAAAGAUCCAGUGUGGACGGCACCAUGCAGAGCUGCUCAAACCACGCUGUUCGGCCUGUGAUGAGAUAAUCUUUGCUGAUGAGUGCACAGAAGCAGAGGGCCGUCAUUGGCACAUGAAGCACUUCUCCUGUUUUGAAUGUGAGACAGUUUUGGGAGGUCAGCGUUACAUCAUGAAGGAUGGCAGACCCUACUGUUGUGGAUGCUUCGAAUCUCUCUAUGCAGAGUACUGUGAGGCCUGUGGAGAACAUAUAGGUGUGGACCAUGCUCAGAUGACCUAUGAUGGACUCCACUGGCAUGCCACUGAAAACUGCUUUAGUUGUGCCCAGUGCAAGAACUCUCUCCUGGGCUGCCCUUUCCUGCCUCACCAGGGCCGGAUCUACUGCUCCAAAGCCUGUAGCGUGGGUGAAGAUGUGCACGCCUCGGACUCCUCCGACUCUGCCUUCCAGUCAGCUCGCUCACGAGAGUCCCGGAGGAGCGUGCGCAUGGGAAAGAGCAGUAGGUCAGCUGAUCAGUGCCGCCAGUCUCUCCUCUUCUCACCCUCCGCCAACUAUAAAUUCCCUGGAUUAAGUGCCAAUGCCGAGGACACUUUAACCAAUAAACUGUCCCAUAUGAACUUAUCGAAUGAGCAUUUCUGGAGGGGCCGUGGAGAGGAGGCCGAAGCACCAGAGGAUCAGGAAGAAUGGGCAGAACAUGAAGACUAUAUGACACAGCUACUACUGAAGUUUGGACAACAUGGACUGCAGCAAGCCAAUGACUCUAAACCUACAGAUUUUUGGACAACAGAGACAGAGGCCCAGUUGGAGCAGGACUGUGCUAAAGCAGGACAGGGCAGUGGGGCACAAGUGAGAGGAGGUCUAGCCAGUAAGAAAUACCAGGCGGACAGGUACUGGGCCCAGUCCCAGGACGGUCUGGGGGACUCGGCCUAUGGGAGCCACCCUGGUCCUGCCAGCAGCCGAAAGAUCCAGGAACUAGAGUUGGACCAUGGAGCUGGAGAGGACAAUCAGUGGUACAACGGCUCUUUGGAGUGCAUUUCAGAUCAGUUCAAAAAGAUGGAGCCCAAUGUCCGAGACUCCAUGGACUCACUGGCUCUGUCCAAUAUUACAGGUGCCUCAGUGGAUGGCGACAGCAAAGACAGAGGACUGGCAUUUUCUUUGCAAGGAUUUCCUGACCUCCAGACAGAGGACUGUGAAAAGAACAGUAAUAUGGGGACACUAAACUCUUCCAUGUUGCACAGAAGUGCAAAUUCUCUUAAGAGCCUUGUGUCUGAACAGGAAGCCACUGUCAGCCCAAAAGUACAGGAAGUGCCUUUACCUGAUAGCAGGCCCAAAUCUAACAUCCCUGCUCUGAGGAGGGCUCGCUCACAGGCCAAACCUCAGCAGGUUAAGUUCUCCGAUGAUGUGGUGGACAACAGUCAGUAUGAGCUGCCCCUGCGCCAGCCCCCCAUGAGUGAACGGACUCGCCGCAGGGCGUUUCACUUUGAGGAGCAGGGACAGGACCCUCGCGCAGGACACCACCAUCACCACAGGAGGCGCCGCAGUCGCAAGUCUCGCUCUGAUAAUGCUCUGAACCUACUGCCAAAGGAGAGGGCAUCAAAGAGUUUUAACAGAGAUCCCAGAGGGAACGCUGUUGGAUUACAUGGACACCCAAACACUAUGUCCCAAUAUGGUUUACAUGGACCAGUCACAAGCAGAUUCACUGGACUGUAUGGAGAUGAAGAGGAUGACUGGUGUUCCACCUGCUCCUCUUCUUCAUCAGACUCUGAGGAGGAGGGCUUCUUCCUGGGGCAGCCGAUCCCCCAGCCUCGGUCCCAUAGACACUACUAUAUGGAGGACCUGCCCUGCUCUGUGGCGGGUAUGGGCUCUCCCUCAUAUAGCCAAAGGACUAAGUCCAAAAAGAAGAAAGGACAUAAGGGAAAGAACUGUAUCAUAUCCUAGAGGUCUACAUUCACAUCUUCACUUUGCCAUGCACAAUCAUUUCUUAUGGACACCGUUUUAGAGAGCCUGCUUGUGAUUAAUGGCUUCAAUGGCACUCAGUUUAUCAAGAUGUUUGUGUGAAACACACGUCUGUUCUUCCGCUUUAUGCACCAUGUAUUACUGUAUUUCAGCAAAACAGAUAUUUAAAACACUACCAUUUAUUUAACAAUGCAAUUUUGUAUAUUGUGUAGAGUUGAAAAUGCCUAUUUUUAUAUCCCAGAGUUUGUGCUGUUUUGUACUGAUUGGUGUUGAAACUGCAUUUGGCGCUAUAUUUCUAGAAAUGUCCAAACAGUAUUGACAGAGAGUGUGUGACAAGGCUUUGAGAAGAGCUUUCUGCUUUUGCAGAUCUUAUAGUAGAUGAACACUGAGUCCAACUGAAGGCCUGGGGGAGGGCUUGAAUGGUUUAUUUAUGGGCCACAAUGUAUAAUAAGCAAAGCAAUGUAAUCUGUAUAAAUGUAAAAACUGGAAUAUAAAGACUGAUACUUGUAAUAAAAAUUCUAUAUACUGUAUAUAUCAAACUACAA